CCGCUGGAAGUACAUAGCAUCUGAUCUUAGCAUCCGUUUUGACAGCUUGAAUAACAAAACAAACAAACAAAAAAAGGUAACAACAAUUGACCUGGUUAGUACAUGUAUGACAUGAAUAUUGUUAGCGACACUCUCUGCGCAGGGAACUAAAAACCAGCUGUUCAACCUCAAAAACAGCUGCUUAAGCUAACGUGAAACAAGCUAAUCAGAGAGGUUGGUGGUGACGUGAAGCUUCCCGGGUUUACAGARGUGAAGUAGCUGCUGUGCAGUGAAAAUACGAGUUCACAGCUUGACAAACUAGAGCUGUGCGUGUUUAGGUCAGAAGAAAAUUGCAGUCAAAGGUUGUGUUUAGCUGAUGUGGGCGGCGUUAGCUUCAACAAAAAACGCGCAUUGCUUUGUGAAAGUCAGCUGACAGCCCGCUGUGUCUGCUGCUGCCAACASCACCAGCCCGGUGAUGGAUCAACUGAAAGUGAAGGAUCGCAUUUUGGAAAACAUUUCUCUGUCUGUCAAAAAGUUGCAGAGUUACUUUGCAGCGUGCGAGGAUGAAACUCCAGCUAUCCGAAACCACGACCGGGUCCUUCAGCGCCUUUGUGAACACCUGGACCAUGCUCUGCUGUAUGGGCUGCAGGACAUCUCGUCAGGCUACUGGGUCCUGGUCCUUCACUUCACAAGGAGAGAGGCUGUCCGACAGAUAGAGGAGCUUAAACACAUAGCAACCAACCUUGGUCGAAGUCGUGCAUGGUUGUACCUGGCACUGAGUGAGAGCUCAUUAGAAAGCUAUCUGCGUCUCUUCCAGGAGAACCAGGGACUGUUGCAAAAGUAUUAUUUCAAAAAUGCUUUGGUUUGCAGUCACGACCACCUCACGCUCUUUCUCACGCUGGUGUCCGGACUGGAGUUCAUCCGUUUUGAUCUGGAGCUGGAUGUGCCCUAUCUAGAUGUGGCUCCGUACAUGCCUGAAUAUUACAAACCACAGAACCURCUGGACUUUGAGGAAAGGCUUCCCAGCUCAGACAGUAUAUCYCUGCACUCCUUCACCUCCCUCACGUCCACCAACUUGGAGUGGGACGACAGUGCCAUAGCUCCCUCCAGUGAAGAUUAUGAUUUUGGUGACAUAUUCCCCGUGUUGCAGUCAUUGCAGAGUGCAGACUGGGAAGAGGGUGAGUUAACUGAUCAGGCCAGCUGCCCACGGUCCAAUGGCUCUGAUCCCCAGACGGUCAUCAGUGACACGGCACUGCUUUCUGGCACAGCGAGGGGGAAGGUGGCCACCUACCUCUCUCCUCACAGCCCCACGUCCAGACACAACCCCUUCAACGAGAACUCCGACACGAAUACCUCAGCAGAUGUCACGCCCGUUCACGUGGCCAGGCAUUACAAUAUCGCCGGAGAUGAGGCGGAGAUUGACGGCUGUGAGCUUGAAGUCAUAAGGAUGGCCAAACGAAGGAAACCAACCAGGAAGCGACGAGCGAGGGGAUCCACGGAUUCCAGCAGCAGCAUCCAUAACUCCUUCUCCUCUGAACACAUAGAAGCAGAAAAUGGCAUCUGCACCUCAGAGGAUGAUUCGAUGAACUCCGCUGUCGUAMAGCCGGAGAGCGAAGGGGAGCUCAGCAGAAGCAGGGUCGGAUCAGCGAUUGCGGAGGAAGAAGGCGAGGAAAGCGCUGAAGGUCUCCUGCGUCUCCCGGAGAUGACAGACACCUCCAUGAACAGCGUUGGCCAGCCCCUCCGCGACGUCAUGGACCAGCUCAACGGCUCCUGGGAGCACCCCGGAGCCAAGAAGGAGGAGGAGACAAGCACCCAAGUCGCCGAUCAGAGCUCUGAGCCUCCAGCGCAGCGGCCCUUUCGAGAGGAUUCAGAGGGAAAGCCGCCCGACCCAGCUCCAGGAGAGACGGUUGUCUCCCCUCUGGACACAAGUUCCAGCUCCCAGCAGGCCUCUGCUGUGUCUGCAGACCUGUGCAGCUCUGCCCCCACCAGUCCAGACUCUGCUCACACAAGUGGUGGCCACAAUGACUCUACAGAGCAAAGCCAGCCACAGACUCUGUCAGCUAGCCUUGAAGAUGACAAAGAAGCAGAAGCGGCAGCAGGACAGAAGUCCAACAUGAAGGAAGAGAAGGACGAACGAGAAGAUCCAGAGCAAGAGGAGAAGCUUAGUCCUUCUGAAAUGUCUCAUCCGGCCGAGUUUAAGGUGGACAACAAUCACUUGCUUCUUCUAAUGAUUCAUGUGUUCAGAGAAAAUGAGGAGCAGCUUUUCAAGAUGGUAAGAAUGAGUACGGGUCAUAUGGAAGGAGACCUGCAGCCUCUUUAUGUGCUGCUGACUGACUGUUACAUCUACUUGCUGAGAAAGGGAGCAGCAGAAAAGCCCUACACAGUUGAUGAGGCUGUUUCUUACAAUGAGCUUGACUAUAUUUCUGUGGGCCUCGACCAACAGACCGUGACUCUGGUUUGCACCAACAGACGACGAAAGUUCCUGUUGGACACUGCUGAUGUCUCACUGACCAUCUGGUUCCUGUCCGUCCUGAAGUCGGCCAUGGUUCAGGGCUGCCGUGAGCCUCCCUAUCCGUCUGUUCUGACAGAUGCUACGAUGGAGAAGCUUGCUUUAACUAAAUUUGUCUCCCAGGAGUGUCACAGUGAGUUAUCYGAAGUGUCGAUCCAUCUCUACUCGUUGGUUCACUGGGAGGACCCUUUGGAUUUGACCUUGUCUCCCCAAGCUGACACUCCAACCUCYGGAAUAACCUCCAGCACAAAAGAAGGAACUAUACUGUACAGGUCUGGGACUACGUACCUGGGUAAAGAGKUGUGGAAGAGCUGCUACCUCRUCCUCAGUAAAGGGAUUCUGUACCUGUAUUCAGAGAGGACAGACGUGACCCCUCUGCUGUCGGUCACCAUGGGAGGCGAGCACUGCGGAGGCUGCCGCCGCUCAAACCACACAGAUCGCCCUCACGCCUUCCAGGUCAUUCUGACGGAGCGCCCCCCGCUGGUGCUCAGCGCCAGCAACGAGGAGGAAAUGGCCGACUGGAUGCAACUCCUCUGUCAGUCAGUCUCUAAAGGGGUUAUCCCCCAGGGCGUGGCCCCCACUCCAUGUAUCCCAUGCUGCCUGGUCAUGACAGACAAGUCGCUGCUGACCUGCCAUCAGGACUGUCAGACUAGUUUCUUCCGCUCGCUGGGCAGUGCAGAGAUCUGCGACGUCACCGCUGUGAGCCUGGAGUCUGACAAGGAGUACUGCRUCAUCGAGUUUGCAUCAGAUCGGGUCCAGUUCCUCCCUCCGUGGGUUUUAUACUUCAGCAGUUGUGAAGAGAGAGAUCGAGUCCUUCAGGAGUUAAAAUCUGCAUGGAGAGCCAUUUUCCAGGUCGACCUGCCCCACAAAGAGAUGUCCGAGCCGUUGGUGCAGAAACGCUGCGGCGAGGCCCUGGAGUUGAUGAAGAGCGCCUGGCAGAGGGCAGACAGCCUGGCUCGAGGCAGAGCCCAACGUGAGCCGUGGUGCUGACGGACACACACACACACACACACACGCCUACAAUAACGUGUGUACAUUCAGCCACACGGACGCAGUGACCGUUAAUCAGCCCGAUGGAAGCCAGGGUGUCGUGAACAACACUCUGCGCCGACACAAAGAUUCAGAAAUGAGCUCGUAGUCAAACCAAGUUUAGUUUGGAAAAGCCGGUGCUGACGUUGACACUGAACAUGAUUAAACUUUGGGAGAUUAUUCUGAAAAGAGGUAUAUCGUCACACGGCURUAACCUUUUAAUUUUUCAGGUUCAGGUAAGACCGAACACCGUAAACCGUGUAAUCAUAGGUGAAAACCAACCAGGAGCUUUGCCAGUGUCAAUCAAUCUGGAGGCUUUUUUAUGCACAUCUGGAUCCGUUAACACAUUUUACUCUUGUACACAGACACACAAAAAUGAUUGCUGCUUGCCUUAUAAACACACCAGUAACAACUUGUUGUGAUAAACUUAAACUGUGGUGUAAAGUUAGUACAAAGGUACAACUCUGUACAGUAUCAGUGCUUUAUCACUGACACUUGUGUCUGAUAUUCAGAUUUGUUUUUUUUUUUGUUUUGUUUUUUUUGGUAAGGACACACUGUACCUCUAACAUGAAUUAUUCUCCCACACAUCGCAAAGCAGCUCAUCAGAUUUGGAAGUGGAUCUAGACGUUUUUACACAUAAACGGUAGAUAAAAUKAUCAUAAUGUCAAUCUGAAACCCUUUUGUCAUGAAUUUGAUCAGGAAGUGAAACACUCAGCCUUUCUUUACUUUAUAGAAACAAAAGCACCUUUUUUUGGUUUGUUUUUUGCUUAUGAGUCAUAACUUUGAGGUGAACUUUUUUUUGUUUUGUUUUUCAAUAUCCUUACAAAGUUAUUGGGAACAUUUAAAGUCCAGUUCAGUGCUGAAACUGACGUGCGUCUGCGUUAGCACAUGUUUCGUUUUCACCCAAGUGACGUCAAAUGUUAAAAGAAAUAUUAGGUGUGCUCGAAGCAUCCUUCCUUACCUCGGCUGCUUGUUUAUACUUUACAUCAGUGGUUGGGGACGUUGUAAUGUACAAAUGAAGUCUAACCACUCCUUUAGUUUAAGUUACAGUUUGUAUUAUGUUUGAGGUUAGUGAAAUUCUUGCUUUGUCAGCUUAAAUCCCUUUUCUACUGAAAACUCUUGUCCAGUAUUAAAACCAUGAACUAAAAGAAAAUGAAAUGAUCUUAUUCUUUGGUUUUAGUCUCAACUAUCAAUAUUUUUACAACCAUCUUUUUGUUGACGUCACUUAGUGUUGCAGCUUAUUUCAGUGGAAGUGUAAAAGAAUAAUGUAAGGGCUUUUUUUUACAAUGACUUUGUUACCUUAUUUAAAACCUAAAAUAGAUGAAAUAAGUAUUUACAUUUAAUGAGAUGCCUUACAGCUUAGCAAAC